UCACAAUCGACCAAUACAUAAAAUACUUUCUACAAUAUUAUCUAAAAAAAUCACUCGUAUAAUCCCAUUCCCAUUGGUAAAACGGAUAAUUCGAUUAUUCGCCGGUAAUUUCAAAUAACAAUUAAAGAAUAAAAGAGUUAUGUAAUAACACGUAAUACUUGCGACAAAGCUCAGGGUUCUCUCACGAAUUCUCCGCGAAGCCCAACCAAUACGCUUUUGAAGAAACCUUUUCUCGCGUAUUACGUUACGUACAGAUUACGGGUUAAAAAAAUGAAGGAGGGGGGAGGGCGCUAGACGCAAAGCUAAGCCGUCGACCUCUGGCAGUCGAUUCCUCGUUGUCCCUAUACGAUGAAACGAUCCGGAUUAUCGUCGCUCGGUUAAUUUUCGCAUUCGAUCGAGUUAAUUACACGCGUUUACGACGCGUCGAAGAUUGUAAUUAGCGGUGGAUGCGCGACGAUCGAUUCACCGGUUCACCAGGCUUUCAUAAUUACUACCUGCCUAGCCACACGUGGUGGAAGGAGAGAUAGAUAGAGAGAAAGAGAGAGAGAGCGAGGGGAUAAUCAACAGGGAGCUCGUUGAUCGCCGAUUCGACGACAGAGGGUGGUCAUCAGAGCUUCCACCGAUUAUCGAAUCGAUUUUUGCCGUGUUCAAGUGUUGCGUUCGAACCGGCGAUGAUUGUUGAUUGCGGAAAGAAUUGGGAAAAUGAUAGAAAGUGAGAAGUGGUGCCUCGCGACGCACUGACAGGAACGGGAGGGCGGCGGUCCACUGGUACCGCCGGAACUUCCGCCAAUUCCUCUGGCGGUAAGCCGAGUCGACUCGAGCGGUGUCGAGCUGCGAAACCCGGCUCUGACCACGGCGACCUCCUCGGCCGUUGCCCAGUUAUCUUUUGUUCGCCGCCGUGAUCGUCGGCGAAUCGCGUUUUCCAUUCGCCUGGCCAGGCGAGGCUUGCGACAUGUACACGAACAGGUGCGUGAACGAGAGGACGUCCCUCACCAGGCCUCUGGACUCACCGGAUUAUGUGGAAUUCGCGAGUUUGCUGAGAAGCAGGAAGACCCGUAUCAGACAGUUCCAAUGUUGCAUCUGCGCCACUUUGAUAGCGAUCUUCACCAUGGCUCUCGUAGUGACAGUGAGUUACUCCGUGAGCCACGACAUAAUGGAUAUAGGGCCGAAUCUGACAGCCCCCUCGUUCGAGUCCAACGCGAAUCUUAGCAGAUCUUUGAAGAAACUGAAGCUAGGCUUCGCCCCCGAAUCUGGCUCUUACACGUUGUUCAGCAACCCUUCCAUCGCCCCAUCCAAUUCCAUCUUCUUGCCUGAUCAAACGAGAGAAACCGUGACACGGAGAUUGUCCAAGGAGGAGGUGAGAGAAGGAUUGAAAGCUGGUCGCCAGGCGGUUAGCGAGCGCCUUUUCACGGACGCCUCAACGUCACCGUUGACCUCACCGUCGCCUGAAGUCAGGCAUCGUCACGCAGUCAGCACCUGCAUCGAUGCCGGCACGCUGGCUCUGGCCGCUGUUGCCGAGCUUGCGGCAACAAGAAAGAUCGAAAACUUGAGGGCCAUUCAGGGAGAGCCGUCUGCCGUUGGAAGCUUCUUCGACGCAGGAUGGAAAAUUUUUGGCGCGUGCAAGCAACUGACCGAACCGGACUGUCCACCCACCGUCAAAUACAGGACCUUCGACGGAAGUUGCAACAGGCCUAUGCAGAUGGGAGUCGCGAUGACACCUUUCGUAAGACACCUGCCCCCUGAUUACGGGGAUGGCAUCGAUUCCCCCCGCAGAGCGGUUUCGGGCGCCGAUUUACCCUCGGCGAGGGAGGUCAGCCUGAUAGUUCACAAACCUUCGCCAAGUAGCAACCCGAGUUUCACAGUGAUGCUGGCCGUUUACGGCCAAUUUCUGGACCACGAUAUCACGGCCACUGCCCUCAGUCAAGGUCUGAACGGCACCUCGAUCCCAUGUUGUCCACCGUCCGACGCCCAUCCCGAGUGCUUCCCUGUCCCCGUCUCGUCCGGAGAUCCCGUGUUCGACGUCGCAGGAAGAACCUGCAUGGACUUCGUCAGAUCGGCCCCGGCACCCCAGUGCAAACUCGGCCCCAGGCAACAGUUGAACCAGGUAUCGGCGUUCAUAGACGGGUCGAUGAUUUACGGCACGGACAAGAGCACGGCCGAGAAUUUGCGCGAGUUCAGGGGCGGCCGUUUGAAAAUGCAACUGACCCCCGACAAUCGAACUCUCUUGCCUCCUAGCACGGAUCCCAACGACGGGUGCAACCGUGAAACCGAGCGACGCAGAGGGAGAUACUGUUUUGCGGCAGGCGACGCGAGGGCGAACGAGAAUCUUCACUUGACCACGAUGCACCUAUUGUGGGCGCGGCAGCACAACAGGGUGGCCGAGCGACUGGCGAGGAUCAACCCCUCGUGGGACGACCAGACGCUGUACGAGGAGUCUCGACGCGUGGUCGGCGCCCAAUUGCAACACAUCACGUAUCGAGAGUUCGUGCCAAUAGUUCUGGGCGAUCGGGAGACGGAUGAGAGGGACCUCAGACCCCUGAGAUCUGGCCACAGAAGCUGGAAAUUAGACAGGAAUGACACGAGCGUCGAUCCGAGUAUAGCGAACAGUUUUGCUGCGGCCGCGUUCAGAUUCGCCCACACCUUGCUGCCCGGAUUGAUGAGGAUGACCGACGAGAGGGCGGGGACUUCCUCCUACGUGGAGUUGCAUCGAAUGCUGUUCAACCCUUACAGCCUGUACGCGGAGGGUGGGUUGAGGAGUUCCAUCACAUCAGCGACCAGAAACAUGAUCCAGAUGACGUCCGCUCACGUCACCUCUCAGCUGACCAAUCACUUGUUCGAGGACCCAGUCGCGAACACGACCGUCCCAUGUGGCCUGGAUCUGGUCUCGUUGAAUAUACAGCGUGGAAGGGAUCACGGGCUCCCGGGUUACACGGUGUGGAGGGAAUAUUGCGGAUUGGGAAGGGCGGAAAGUUUCUCAGACUUGGAGGGCCACCUAGAUCCACGAACUCUCGAGGAUAUUUCAUCGUUGUACGAGUCCGUUCACGAUAUCGAUCUGUACACGGGGGCUCUGGCCGAGUUGCCUAACGCUGGUAGCAUCGUUGGAUCCACUUUCAUGUGCCUGAUCGCCGACCAGUUCGUCAGGUUGCAGAGGGGAGACAGAUUUUGGUACGAGGUGGGUGGACAACCUCAUUCGUUCACCGAAGAUCAGCUUACCGAGUUGCGUAAGAUGUCGCUGGCGAGGUUGAUUUGCGACUGUUCGGACGAGAUAGGACAGAUUCAGGCGGAGGUGAUGCGAGCGGUCGGUCCGGAGAAUCCCAUCAUCUCUUGCGAGAAUAUACCAGCGCCAUCUUACGAGCCGUGGAAGGAAAUCGAGAAAGCAGAAUCGUUCAAUUGGACAGGUUUGAGGAACGAUAUUAACAACACGAUCGAAGAGAUCGUGGCUUACAUCAACAACUCCAGGACCAAUCUGGACACCGAUUGGGCAGCGUUUAAAAAUUACAUAAGCGACGCGUUUUCCGAUCUUAGAAAUCAAUUGUUCCCGUUGCAUCCAUCGAACGACAGCCAAGAAACCCAAAAAGAGAGAUCGGAUUCUGAAAUUGGAGUAGCGAACGCGUAUCGAUUUUGGAACGGUUUGAAAAGUAACGUGACGAGAUCGCUGAAUCGGUCUAUGAGCACGAUGACUGGCGGGCCAGCCGCGGUGACCAAGUGGAUGGCGUUUAAACGAAGCGUCGUCGAUCAGUUUGCCAAUUUGAAGGAUCAGAUCGCGGCCACGAGGGCGGAUGUUGCGCCCAAAUUGGCGAUGAAGAAGAGGUACGAGCAGGAACAAAUUUCGUUGAAUAGUUCGAGAAUGAGCGACAUGAUUCUGGCAAUCUUCGAUUGGAAGAACUUCAAGAACAACAUAAUAUCGUCCUUGAACAACACUAUCACCGAUAUAAAAAGCGACAAAAUGUCUCCUCCCAUCGGUGAUCAAGCUUGGGUCACAUAUAGAAACGAGAUUACGAGAAGUUUCUCCAAGUUCAAGACCGUCCCACCAUCAUUGGAACACGCCACGUCGUUCAACACGAGAGAAAACAUUUCUUUUCGUUCAACCACUUUCUCACCAGUUAUCACGAGUAACAACGUGUCCAAUUUGACUCUCGACUGGUCAGAGUUCAGGGCUCGAAUCAACGAUUCUGUGACCAGGAUGAUCGAAGGUAUUCUGAGCAAGAGAUCUACGGAGAUCGAUCCGAUCGCUUGGGCAACGUUUCGAGUCACGGUUAAAGACGAAUUCGCGAGGUUGAGAAGCGAAAUUGGGAGCAUUAAAGACGAGUGGCUGGGAACGGAAACCGACAGAGGAGAAGAUUCGUUGAAUCUUUGGUUAAACUGGUUCAAAUACAAUUAUUCCGAGUUUGAUUCGCUCGUUGUUCCUUCGAGGGAGGAAUGGGACGAUUUUAAGAAAGAGAUCAACGAUACCGUGAUGAAUAUCCUGACCAUCGCCAAUUCGUCCGAUGAAUACAGUUUCGACGAGCUUCACAGGACGUUCAAUCGAUCUUUCGCCGAUCUUAAGAAUCAGCUGUCAUCUUUGAGAACGUUGAUCGAGAAGACUUACAAUAACAAGGCGGCUGCCGAUUGGCUCGCCUUCCAAGCGCAAUUGAAUUCCACGGUGAAGGAUCUGGUCGAUGGUUUGAAGAACGACGAGUUGUCCAUCGAAGAUGCGAUGGUCGUGUUGCUCAAGGCCGAAGAUGAGAUGUCGAAUGUUCGAUUGCCGGCGAAUUCCACCGCGAUUCCGCCGGCGGAUUGGAUUCAAUACGCGUCUCACGUGAACAAAACGAUCUCGGACACUUUGAGAAACAUCAACGACUCUAGGAAUCAUUAUGGAACGAUGAUGCUCAGAGCGAAAGAGACAAUAAUCACGUCCUCGUCAUCCAACGAUCCUGAGAAAUUCAAAACGAAUUGGUUAGUCGUUCCUUGCCUUCUUGCCUCGUUGCACGUGUUCACAAUGGUAUCAAAGUUACAAAUUCGCGUGUAAAUUUUUCUUCAUUUUAAUUAUUGUAUGUAUAUAUAUAUAUAUAUUUUAUUGUUUAUAGAAACAGACCUUUAUUAUACUAUAUAAUAACGAAGACAAGAAUGAGAAUAUAUAGAAAGAAUGGAAGGGAA